GGAGCCUCACAAAAUAAAAAGACUAAUGUGCGCAAUGAGCAGCCGUCGAUGAAUAUUCUGCGUUGGAUAUAGACCUGUAGUCGUCUCUCUCUCUCUCUCUCUCUCUCUCUCUCUCUCACACACACACACACACACCCCGAGUUAGAUUUCUCCUUCUAAAAACCCAGCAGUGGAAGACGAAUCUUUGAGAGAAACAAAUGGGAGAUUUGGGAAAAGAAGAGGCGGCGGUGGAAAUAGUGAAGGCUCGUACAGACAAGCGAGAAUACAGGAGGAUUGUCCUGAAAAACUCGCUCGAAGUCUUGCUCAUUAGCGAUCCCGAAACCGAUAAGUGUGCUGCUUCAAUGAAUGUCCGAGUUGGUUCCUUCAGCGAACCUGAUGGUCUUGAAGGCCUAGCCCAUUUUCUAGAACACAUGCUAUUUUAUGCGAGUGAGAAAUAUCCGGAUGAAGAUAGUUACUCAAAGUACAUUUCAGAGCAUGGAGGUUACACCAAUGCCUUCACAUCUAAUGAGAAUACCAACUAUAAUUUUGAUGUCAACGCCGAGAAUUUUGAAGAGGCAUUGGACAGAUUUGCGCAGUUCUUUAUAAAACCAUCGAUGUCACCAGAUGCUACCAUGAGGGAAAUAAGAGCUGUUAAUUCUGAGAAUCAGAAGAAUUUAUUAUCUGAUACUUGGAGAAUGGACCAGCUUCAAAAACAUCUAAGCUCGAAAGACCAUCCAUAUCAUAGGUUUAGUACGGGGAACUUGGAUAGUUUGGAUGUUUGGCCGAAAGAAAGAGGUGUGGAUACAAGACUUGAACUUCUCAGCUUCUAUGAAGAGCAUUACUCAGCAAAUAUCAUGCAUCUGGUUGUUUAUGCCAAAGAGAACCUUGAUAAAAUUGAAAGCCUGGUGGAGAACAUAUUUCAGGAAAUUCCAAAUAAGGAGCGAAGUUCUUGGCAUUGUACUGGUCAGCCUUGCACAUCAGAACACCUUCAGAUUCUCGUGAAAGCUAUCCCAAUAAAGCAAGGGCACGAAUUGAGAGUUGUAUGGCCUGCAACGCCAGACAUUCAGCAUUAUAAGGAAGGGGCAAGCUGCUAUCUUAGUCACUUGAUUGGCCAUGAAGGAAAUGGAUCUCUGUUUUGCAGCUUGAAGAAAAUGGGUUGGGCUACCUAUCUAUAUGCCGGCGAAACUGAAUGGACUAAUGACUUCUCCUUCUUUAGUGUAAUCAUUGAUCUGACAGACGCUGGCCACGAGCAUAUGGAAGAUGUUGUGGGGAUGCUUUUCAAAUAUAUUGACCUCUUACAAAAGUGUGGCAUUUGCGAAUGGAUAUUCAAUGAGCUUUCAGCCAUAUCUGAGACAAGGUUCCACUAUCGGGAUAAAGUACAUCCAGUUGAUUAUGUGAUUAAUAUUGCUUCAAAUAUGCAGUUUUAUCCUCCCAAUGAUUGGCUGGUGGGGUCAUCCUUGCCUUCUAAGUUCAAUCCAGGCCGCAUCCAACUUUUACUGGAUGAGCUUAACCCAAACAAUAUCAGGAUAUUUUGGUCAUCGAUGAAAUUUGAAGGACAUGCUAAGAUGAUUGAGCCAUGGUAUGGAACUGCAUAUUGUGCGGAGAAAAUCACAGAGUCCAUGGUUCAGCAAUGGAUGGAGAGAGCUCCUAAUGUACACUUGCAUCUACCAGCACCCAAUGUGUUCAUUCCCACUGAUUUAUCUCUAAAGAGUGUUGCAAAAAAGGCCGAAUCUCCUGUUCUUCUAAGGAACUCAUCCUUUUCAAGAUUAUGGUACAAGCCUGAUACAUUAUUCUCCACGCCCAAGGCAUACGUUAUAAUAGAUCUCCAUUGUCCAUAUUCCAGACACUCCCCUGAAGCAGAAGUUCUUACUUACAUCUUUACACAUUUGCUGGUCGAUUAUUUAAAUGAAUAUGCCUAUGAUGCUCAGAUUGCUGGUCUUGGUUAUAGCAUCCACGUCACUAGGAGUGGGUUUCAGGUAUCUGUGGGUGGAUAUAAUCACAAAUUGAGGAUCUUACUGGAAACAAUAAUUGAGAAGGUUGUGAAAUUUGAAGUAAAGCCUGACAGGUUUUAUGUGAUCAAGGAAACGAUCACAAAAGAAUAUCAGAAUAUCAAGUUCCAACAGCCUCAUGACCAGGCUGGGUCCUACUGCUCCUUAAUACUGCAUGAUCAUUCAUGGCCUUGGACUGAUGAGCUUGAAGCUCUUUCACAUCUUGAACCUGAUAAUCUAGCUAAAUUCGCACCUCUGAUGCUAUCAAGGGCUUUUUUACAGUGCUACAUAGCAGGCAAUAUUGGACCUACUGAAGCGGAGUCAGUGAUUCAGAAAAUUGAAGAUAUCAUUUUUAAUGGUCCCCAUUCUAUAUCCAAAUAUUUACUCCCUUCUCAGCAUUUGACAAAUAGAGUGGCUAAGCUUGCAGGCAGCACCAAUUUCUUCUAUCCCGUGGAGGGCCUGAAUCCAAGCAAUGAGAAUUCUGCCCUCAUCCACUAUAUCCAGGUUCAUCAGGAUGAUUUUGUGUUGAAUGUUAAACUUCGGCUUUUUUGUCUCAUUGGAAAACAAGCUGCUUUUCACCAACUUAGAACAGUUGAGCAACUUGGCUAUGUUACUUCAAUGUCGAGGAGGAAUGACUUUGGUAUCCACGGAGUGCAGUUUUGUAUUCAGUCCACUGUAAAGGAUCCUAUUCAUCUCUACAUGAGAGUCGAAUCAUUCCUUGAGAAGUUCGAAAACCAACUUUGUGAGCUGUCAGAUGAUGAAUUCAAGAGCCGCGUGAACGCACUGAUUGAUAUGAAGCUUGAGAAGUAUAAGAAUUUGUGGGAAGAAUCUUGCUUCUACUGGCAUGAAAUUUCCAACGGAACCCUCAAGUUUGAUAGGACUGAACGUGAGGUUGGAGCUCUAAAGCAGCUGACCCAUCAGGAACUGAUAGAUUUCUUCAACGAAUACAUCAAAGUCGGUGCUCCCACAAAGAAGACGCUAAGCGUGCAAGUAUAUGGGAGCUUACAUACGUCUGAGUAUAAAUCACAAAAAUCUGAUCCUAUUCCGCCUAACUCUGUUCGAAUAGAAGAUAUUUUCAGUUUCAGAAACUCCCAGUCUAUGUAUGGCUCAUUUCAAGGAGGCUGUGGUCGUAUGAAACUGCAAGAGUUGUUCCCCGGUAACUGCUAGUGCAGAAAACAGAAGACUGUAGAUGGUGUUUCUGUAUCUAUACGGAAAGGAAACGAUGCCUGGUCAUUUUUUCCGUUGUAUUGCUGGGAACUUUUGUAUUCCAAAAUUCUAUCAUGACGCCUGAACAAUAUGAUUGUUUUCAAGUGAAGAAUACUGCUUGUUCUGAAGCCA